CAGCCUGGAAAGUACUUAUGGGACAAAGAACCACAGUUUCUCACUCCAUCCUCUAUCACCGGUUUGAAGCCACUCAGUCAGGGUUCUGGAGGGUUCGGUCUGCUGGUUCUUCUGUAUCUUCACAAUAACUCAUCUUUUCCACGUGCCAUCCCCAUAAUGGUGAACCAACUUUUACUGAUUUUGCUGUGCAUGUCGGCGGUGAGCAGUGCCCAGUCAGACGCUGGCAAGCCUGUAAUCCAGCUACGCCUCGGGGGGGAGAAGAGGAAACACUACGAGGGCCGGGUGGAAGUUUUCUACAAUGGAGAGUGGGGGACAGUGUGCGAUGAUGACUUCUCCAUCUCUGCUGCGCAAGUGGUGUGCAGAGAGCUAGGCUUCAUGGAUGCUGUGUCCUGGGCUCCCUCUGCCAAGUUUGGGAGAGGGGAAGGUCGUAUUUGGCUAGACAACGUGCACUGCACCGGUGCAGAGAAGAGCCUCGCUCAGUGCGAGUCGAAUGGCUUCGGAGUGUCUGACUGCAAACAUUCAGAAGACGUCGGGGUGGUGUGCUCUCAGAAACGCAUUCCGGGCUUCAAGUUCAUCAGGAACCAAGCCGUCGGUGGGGAGGGCGUGACGGUGCAGGUGGAGGAGGUGAGGAUCAGAGCCACGUACUCCCACAGGAAACGGAUCCCCAUCACCGAGGGCUUCGUUGAGGUGAAAGACGGAGGCAAAUGGAGACAGAUCUGCAACGAGGACUGGACUGAGAUGAACAGCAGAGUCGUCUGUGGCAUGUACGGUUUCCCCGGUGAGAAACCUUUCAACGUGCGACCCUACAAACUGUUGGCGAAGCGCCGCAAGAAGAACUACUGGGGUUUCUCCGUCAACUGCACAGGCAACGAGGCCGACCUGUCAGACUGCAAACUGGGCAAAGAGAUCCAGCUCAAAGGCAACAACACAUGCAGACGGGGCAUGCCUGCUGUCAUCAGCUGCGUACCUGGAAGGGCCUUUGCUCCCAGCGUCAGCAUGGGUUUCAGAAAGGCCUACAGGAUGGAGCAGCCCUUAGUGCGCCUGAGAGGCGGGGCUAUGAUAGGUGAGGGUCGAGUGGAGGUGCUGAAGAACGGAGAGUGGGGAACCGUUUGCGACGAUAACUGGGACAUCAGAGCAGCCACCGUGGUGUGUCGGGAGCUGGGCUUUGGCAGCGCCAAAGAGGCCCUGACUGGAGGCCGCAUGGGUCAAGGAGUGGGCGCUGUCCACAUGAACGAGGUGCAAUGCUCCGGCUUUGAAAAGUCUCUGACCGAGUGUUACUUCAACCGGGACUCCGUCGGCUGCAGCCACGAGGAAGAUGCCGCGGUCAGGUGCAACGUUCCUGCCAUGGGCUUCCACAGCCGACUUCGGCUGAGCGGCGGCCGUAACCCCUACGAGGGUCGUGUGGAGGUCCUGGCGGAGAGGAACGGCUCUCUGGUGUGGGGCUCGGUGUGCAGCGACAGCUGGGGGACCAUGGAGGCGGUGGUGGUGUGUAGACAGCUGGGGCUGGGCUUCGCCAGUCAUGCUUUCCAGGAGACGUGGUACUGGGAGGGAGAUUCAUCGGCCGACUCUGUGCUGAUGAGCGGCGUGAGAUGUUCAGGAACGGAGCUGACUCUGGAUCAGUGUCUGCAUCACGGCAAACACAUCAGCUGUCCGAAAGGAGGCGGACGCUUUGCUGCCGGAGUGUCCUGCACUCAGACGGCCCCAGACCUGGUCCUCAGUGCUCAGGUGGUGGAGCAGACGACGUACCUGGAGGACCGGCCCAUGUACGCUCUGCAGUGCGCCCACGAGGAGCGCUGUCUGUCCAGCACCGCCGACAAAGCCGACCCAAGCUCCUACCGCCGGCUGCUCCGCUUCUCCUCCCAGAUCCAGAACAACGGCCUGUCGGACUUCAGGCCGCGGGCGUCGCCACAUUCCUGGGUCUGGCAUGAGUGUCACAGACAUUACCACAGUAUGGAAGUUUUCACCCACUAUGACCUGCUGAGUCUGAAUGGGACUAAGGUAGCAGAGGGACAUAAAGCCAGCUUCUGUCUGGAGGACACCCACUGCGAUGAAGGCAUCCAGAAAAGGUACGAAUGUGCCAACUUUGGCUCUCAGGGCAUCACAGUCGGCUGCUGGGACACGUACAGACACGACAUCGACUGCCAGUGGAUCGACAUCACAGACGUGAAGCCAGGAGAUUACAUCCUGCAGGUCGUGAUAAACCCAAACUACGAGGUUGCAGAAUCGGAUUUCACCAACAAUAUUAUGAAGUGCCGCACUCGCUACGACGGACACCGGAUAUGGACCUACAACUGUCAUAUAGGUGGCACAUUAAGUUCAGACGUAGAAGACACGAUUCCCGGAUUGCUGACGAACCAGCUUUCACACAGGUAGACCAGAGCAAAGCGCAUCACAAGGACGGCACUAGGAAAUUUUCUGACAACCACUAGAGGGAGCUGUGUGGCGCCGAAUCGGAGCAGUGCUGGAUCAUCGUUGUGCUCAGGGUUCAGCUGGUACAAUAAACAACGACUCCAUAGGACAACGAGCUGCUUGUUCAGUAAAUCCAUUUAUUCAGUUGUGCAGAACUGUGUGUUUUAGAGUCUCUUGCUGUUCUUGAAAGUGUUAUUUUGACCUGGUGCUCAUGACGCAAAGAGAAUUAAAGCCACGUAACUUAUUAAACCAAGUGUGGCGACGAGUGCAUUGGAAACCAAAGCUUUAUAAUGUGUGGACUGCAUCAAACCAAAACUCAGACACCAUGUUCCUUAAUGCAAGCAGUGAUUGAAUUUGUAUUAUCAUAAUCGUAUACUGUGCAUUUAUCCCAAACAGCUGUGAUGAAAAGCAGCUGUAUAAAUUAAAACUGUCAAGAGUCCAGAAAUUCCCUCCACACAAAAACAAAUGUUGUAAUUCAUUAUAAAGGGACGAGCCAAAGCUUCUGGCAAGGACGUUCCUGUCAAGACGGGAAAACUCCUGUUGUCAGGAUUGAAUUUAAUUAGCUAAACAUUGUGAUAAAUUGCAUCCACUUCUAAAUGACAGGAAAAUAAAAGUCAAAGUUGAUAUUUUUUCUUUGGAAGUGCUGUGUUCAACAGAUGCUCUGGAAUUAGUUCCUGCAGCGAUUUCCAACGUGUGUGAGGGAUUUUCUUUCAUAAAUUAAACAGGAAUGAAAGAGAAACAGAGAAGGGUUGUUUGUUUCCACUAAACGCUCGUCUCUGAUCUGUGCCUGUUCUCUAAAUGUCUUGUUGAACUAUCUCCAUCAGGGACUUUGGUACCUUUGUGAAAUUACUGUAAUGGCCACACUUGUACGUGAAAAUGCCUCUCAAUGAAUUUGUAAAUGUUUGAAUGUAGAAAUGUAAGAGUCCUUCAUUUUACAAGGAUCCUUCCAGUUGCUAAUUGUUUUAAUAUAUUGAGGUGAAUGUGGAAAUGCAUAACGGUUUUAAAUAAAAACUUGUUGAAAGCAA